AUGACUAACAAAAAUUCUAUAGAAAUAGAUAGAAAAAUAAUCAACGACGUCGUAGAACCUUCUGAAGACGUUUUCAAGCUUCAAAAAGGCAUAGCUGAUGUAAAUAAUAGUGAAGUAGAAGCUAACAGUUCGCUGAUAGUAGAGGAAACUCCAUGGUGGUCGAUUUACAUCACUGCAUUACUUGGUUUUUGUCAAGCAGUACAAUAUACAUUGUAUUUUACUUCUACUUGGCCGUAUCUUCAAGUUGUAGGUUUUUCAGGGUAAUAUACAAAUCAUUUGUAAUAUAGUAUAAUAUACAAAUAAGGUGUUUUAGAAUAAGGUAAAGUAAGGUAGGGCAGGGUGAAGUAGGGUUUUUUAAUUUACUUAAAUCAAAAGUAAUAUUUUAGAUAGACCGCGAAUCCACAGAGCAAUUCUACGGUGCAGUAGUCGCAUCCUACUCGAUUGGUCAAAUCAUGUCAGCACCCUUGUUUGGCUACUGGAGUAACAGGUCAAAGAGUGUGAAAGGUCCAUUGAUAGUAUGUUUGAUAUUGUCCAUGUUUGGCAACUUGACCUACGCAUUGGCCGAGACAAUACCAUAUAACGCAAGGUACUUUCUCUUUGGGUCAAGGUUUAUUGUUGGAUGUGGCAGUAGUUAUGUCAGUGUACUGAAGAGUUAUGUGGCUAUGGCUAGUACACAAUUGGAUCGGUCUCGGGCGGUUAUUAUUCUAACUAGUGGGCUUUCUUUUGGGCAUCUUGGUGGGCCUGGUAAGAAAUUUAAAUCUGACAUUUUUUAAAUAUUUUUUUGAAAAAAAUUUUAGUUUUAAAUUUUAAAAUUAAAAAAAAAUAUUUUAGUAAUUCAAAUGAUAUUCACUAUAUUUGGGUACCCUGGUACUAGUAUACUAGGAAGAAUGCAUUUCAAUAUGUAUACCUCUGCUGCGUACUUUGCUAUAGCUAUGAAUGUUAUUGCCAUGACAGUAUUACUUAAGUUAUUUGAUGAAAAGUACGCUGGAAUUCAUAAAUCUGUAUUGGAAAAGGUAACUUCUACUUUUUCUGUUUACUUUAGUGAUAUAAAAAGAGGGUAGGGUAGUUUAUAUAGACCAUAAAAAGUGUACUAUAUGUUGUAGCAUAAUAUGUGUAGAAAAAAUGGAACAAAGAGUAAUUUAAAAACGUAUUUUACACUAUUUAUUAUUUUUUUUAACUUUUAUGGUUAUAAAAUUACGUUUUAGAAGUCAAAAGAAGACAAAGAGGCCAAUCCAAACAAACUACCACCAUACGACAUGACAGCAGUAGUUCUAUGUCAUUUAACUGUCUUUGCAAGCGCAUUCACCUUUUACAAUCUCGAAACGUAAGAGCUAAAAACUUUACAUACUUGUAUCUACUUAGGUAUCUAUUAUAAAUUAGGAACCUAAUUCUAUACACUUCUUUUAUUCAGUUUAAACUCUCCGAUUGGAAUAACAAUUUUUGGCUGGACUAAAAAGUUAUCAGUUCAAAUGUUGGGCAUUGUGCAUGCCUGCACAACUGGCGUUUCUACAACACUUUACCUUGUGUUAUAUUUCUUCAAAUUGGAUAAACAGUAAGUAUUUUUCUUUUUUUAGUACCUUGUAGAACUUUAUUACACAAAUAACAUUGCCCAAAUUAUUUUUUGGUUUCACCGAUAUGAAGUUUCCGUCAGUGUUUUACCGGAUCGGGUCCGGUCCGGAUUUUCAAAAAUUGCAAGAUUGAAAAUAACUUUUAAGCUUAUGGCUUGAAGUUUUAAAAAAUAAAUAACUUUUGUGAAGGUCCGUCUCAUACAAGUUCCUCGCUAAACAUUUGGACAGGCCGGACCGAAUCGGUCUUGCCGGUCCGGGCGGUCCAUUUCGGUAAUAACUUGGUAACCAAAGACGGACCUUCACAAAAGUUAUUUAUUUUUUAAAACUUCAAACCAUAAGCUAAAAAAGUUUUUUACAAUCUUGCAAUUUUUAAAAUCCGGACCGGACUGGUCCGGCAAAACACUGGUUUCCGUAUUUUACAGUAACAUAUUAUGUUUUAAAAGCCCCUAUUUAACUUUAUGACUUACAAAUUCAAUGUUUUUAGUAUGAACCUUCGUCGACAAAUUGUUCUAGCCUUUUGUGGUUUUCUGAUAUUCCACUUGAUCACGUUCGCUUGGCCAUUUUUGGGUGGACAUUUGGAAACGUAUACCCAAGCAGGUAAAAUACGGUUUUUUUAAAUUCUGAUGUUAGUCUUUAUUAAAAUGAUAAAAAAGCAAUAAAGAAUGUCUACUAUAAACAAGUUUUCUUCAAAAAAAAAAAAAAAAAUUUUACUUUAGCAAUAGACAAUAUUAUAAAACCUUUUAUUUAAUUUUUUCCAGAAUACGAUGCAGCUUUAAACAAUGGCACAGAGAUAACUGGUUGUAAUACGGAUCGUUUUGACUGGUGUUAUGAUACACCAAGUCAGAAUGUAUAUGUAUUUUAUGUGUCAUUUGUGGUGUUUGUUGGCUUUUGUAUUCCUAAUCUCAACAUUACUGUCAACACAUUGUUCUCUAAGAUAUUGGGACCUAGAAGAAUUGUGAGUUUAUUUCUUAUUAUUUUACUUUCUACUACUAUAAUAUGUAAACUGUGUUUAACAUAUUUUACUUACAUUUACUACUGUAAAACAGCUUAUUAUAAGGGUAGUGUAGAGUAAUAUAAAGCACUUUAUAACUACAAUAUUGAUAACGAUAACACUAUUACAUUCCAGGGCACCCAACAAGGAAUUCUUCAAGUAGUGACAAGCCUAGCCAGACUAAGCGGCCCAAUAGUGGCUAGUCAAUUCUUUCCUUUAUAUGGUUCUAGAGUACCUUGGAUUGUAGCUAUGAUUGUGUUAAGCACUGUAAUAGUAACAUGGCUCAUUUUGUAUAAACGAAUGGUACCAUUACAAAUACCAAGCAACGAAAAAGGCACAAUAAGCCAAGAUAACGAAGAUGCAAAAGAAAUAAAUGACAAAGAAGAAAAGAAAAAUAGAUUACAAUUUUAAGUCAUUGUAGAUUGUUUACAUAUACUGUAACAAUAAAUUUGCAUUUUUUAUUUUCUGGACUGACAAUUUAAUAAAGAAUAACAUAGCAAAAAAUUAUUUAAGGAAGGGUAGGGAAGGGUAGGGUAGGGUAGGGUAGAAUAAAUACUUUGUAUGUUCAACACACACAGUCCAGACUAUACCAAAUUAGAUCUUUGAAUUCUCAUAGAAUAUAGUAGUUUAUUGCCUGGUGUGCAAUUCGUAUGUUAGAAUUGACAAAGCCAAUCUGAUAAGUCUAGUUUGAGAGUCCGAUUUGUAAAAGUGAUCAAAAUAUGCAAAGUUGACGUUGUUCUCAUUUUAAAAACUGCUUUUUCAGCUCAACUUUUGACGUGUGGCUUUAGCUUUGUUUUUUGUUGGUAUAGCGUAGUAUUUUUUGAUAUUACUCAUGUUUAUGGUCAUUUUUUUAAUUUAAAAAUCAAUUUUGAAGUUUAAAAAACAGAAUUUAAAAAUAUUUCAAAAUUUUGAAAUUUGAAGUAUUUUUGAAGUUAAACUUUUUGAAAUUUUGAUUAAAAAACUCAAACUUUUAUCAAUGUUAUUACUAUAUAAACAUAAACUUUUAUCAUUAGACAUGUUUUUUAGUAUAUAAUAGGUUAUCAGCUGUUAUGAUGUUAUAAUAGAGAGCUAUUGGUCAGUUGAGAAACUAGCUACUUGAUCAAUGAUGUAUCAUAUCAAGAGUAAAGUGAUCUGUGUACAGUUAUAAGUGGCCAUAUUUCAUAAUUUUGAGAUUUAUCUAAAUAUGCUUUCGUUUGUGACAGUAUCAUGUUGUAUGUAAGAGGCUCGGGCAGAAGAGAGGGGACGUUUUUUAAGUUGGUAAGAGAAUGGGGGAGGGAGAGAAAUGUAAAUUUUUUUCCAACUUUUCAAUUUUUGAUUAUUUUUUUGAAUUAGCAAACCUCAUACCUUGUUUCGAAAAAAAACUUUUUACAUAGAAGGGGGGGGGGGGAUACUUAAAAUUCUUUCCCAAGCAGUAUUUUUACGUGCCAUUAUAUACAUUCUUUAGUUAUAACCAAUAAUGUAUCUUAUUCCAGAUGGCUCUCAGAAAUUCUAUUGAAACAGAUAGAAAAGGAACCAAAGAAACAGAAAAGAAACAAGCUGAAGAUGAUCUUUUUACUACAUCUAAAGAUAUCUCAGAUUCAACUAGUAGUAGUAGUGCCACUACUAUAGCAACAGAAGACUCAGUGAUAGUAGCGAAAACACCAUGGAAGUCAAUUUACAUUACUGCAGGGCUUGGGUUUUGUCAAGCAGUACAGUUUACGUUGUAUUUUAGUUCUACUUGGCCUUAUCUUCAAACUGUAAGUUUUCGAGGGUAAAAUACGAAUUCAAAGGGUAGGGUAUAGUAACACGUGUUUUGGUUGCUUUAAUUUAAAAUAACAUUUUAGGUAGACCGAAAGUCUACUGAACAAUUUUACGGCACAGUAAUAGCUGCCUACUCGAUUGGUCAAAUCAUGUCAGCACCAUUCUUUGGCUACUGGAGCAACAGAGCCAGAAGUGUAAAAGGUCCACUGACAGCAUCUUUGAUUUUAUCUAUGAUUGGCAACUUUUCCUAUGCUUUGGCCGAGACUAUACCUCACAAUGCAAGGUUUUUUGUGCUUGGAGCUAGGUUUAUUGUUGGAUGUGGAAGUGGAUAUGUUAGUGUACUAAAGAGUUAUGUAGCUAUGGCUAGUACACAGUCAGAUCGAUCUAGAGCGUUUGCUAUUCUUACUGGUGGACUGUCUUUGGGACAGACUACUGGGCCUGGUAAGGGAUUUUGAGACGAUAGGGUUUAAUAUCAAAGAACAGUAUAAUGUAAUUAAAAAUUUUUUUUUAAAAAGGGCGCAGAAUUAAGUGAACGACCUAAUAGUAUCAAAAACUUUGGAAUGUUCUGAAUUAAAAUUUUAAAAUUUAAAAACUUGUUUCAGUGAUUCAACUAAUAUUCACCAUUGUGGGCUACCCUGGCUUACAUAUGAUAGGAAGAAUGCAGUUCAAUAUGUAUACAGCUGCUGCUUAUUCAGCUAUUGUAAUGAACUUGAUAGCCAUGAUGGUAUUACUCAACUUAUUCGAAGAAAAAUAUGCUGGAAUCGACAAAUCCAUAUUGGAGAAGGUAACUUUAUACUGAGGUUUAAAAGAAAAAAAAUUUUAAAAAAAAUUUUUACAAAAUUUUUUAAAUUAAAAAAAAUUAUUUAAUUCUUAUACCGUAUUUUACAAAAAAAAUUUUAUAAUGAAAAAUGGCAUAUUCAGAAGUCGAAAGAAGAAAAAGAAGCCAAUCCAAACAAACUACCUCCAUAUGAUAUCAUAGCUGUAGUUGUAUGUUACUGUACAACAUUUGCUCAGCGGUUCACUUUUGUCAAUUUGGAAACGUAAGUCUUGGCAAUUCUUUUUAAAACUAAAAUAGACAGUAAUUUACAGUAAGACCAAUAACUUUAAGUAAGAGUAGUGUAAGCGCAAAAACUUACUGUAAGAAAUUCAAUUACCUCUCAAUUUGUUCGGUUUUUCUAGUCGUAUUUUAGAUUUAAAAAGCAUAAAAACAGAAAAAAACAUUUACAAAUAUGAAAAAAAUGUUUAAAAUUAAAAUUGAUAAAAAUUGUUUUACAGAAUGAAUCCCCCAAUCGGAAUGUCAAUUUUCGGAUGGACUAGAAAGACUACAGUACAGCUUUUGGGUAUGGUGCAUGCUUGCACAACCGGCGUUUCAUUUCUUCUUUAUCUUGUGUUUUUGGUCUUCAAAUUGGACAAGUAGUGAGUUUUUUACCCAGUUAAUUUUUGAUAAAGGUCAAAAAGCGGUCAUUAUAUGUAGGGUAACACAAUAUUGAGACACAUACUUUGAGGGUCAUAAUAAAGAGACUUUACUUUAAGUCUCUACCGGUACAAAGUAUAGUAUUAUUGACAUUCAUACCCUUCUUUAUUACAUAUCUUUAGUAUGAACCUCCGUCGACAAAUUGUGUUAGCCUUCUGUGGUCUACUGCUGUUCCACUUGGUCACAUAUGCUUGGCCGUUUUUGGGUGGAAACUUGGAAACUUAUACUCAAGCAGGUAAAAUACGCGUUAAUUAAAUUCAAAUAUUAAAUCUAACAGAGGAAGAGCGAAAAAAAUAAGAAAUGCUCACUAUAACAGUAUUAUCUUUCAAAAAUAAAAGAAUUUAUUAGUUAUAGGCAACAACUAUAGUCAUAAAUACAAAAUAAGCAUUAAAAGUUUCAGUUCAUUUAACUUUUUCAGAAUACGACGCAGCCUUAAACAAUGGCACAGAGAUAACUGGUUGUAAUACGGAUCGUUUUGACUGGUGUUAUGAUACACCAAGUCAGAAUGUAUAUGUAUUUUAUGUGUCAUUUGUGGUGUUUGUUGGCUUUUGUAUUCCUAAUCUUAAUAUUACUGUCAACACAUUGUUUUCCAAGAUUUUGGGACCUAGAAGAAUUGUAAGUUUACUUCUUAUUGUUUACUGAUGCUAACAUCGUAUUUUACAUUGAUUUAUGGCAGUAAAACAGCUUUCUCUUCUAAAAUCAAUUUUCAUUUUUACUUAUAACAACAAUGCCAUUUAUAAUAUUAAUAUUAAUAUCUACUACAGGGCACCCAACAAGGCAUUCUUCAAAUGUCAGGAAGUGUAGCCAGACUAAUCGGUCCAAUCCUGGCCAGUCAAUUCUUUACUCUAUAUGGCCCACAGAUUCCCUGGAUUAUGGGUAUGGUUGUGUUAGGUUCUGUUAUUGCAACAUGGUUGAUUUUACACAAACGUAUGGUACCAUUACACAUUCCAAGCAACGAUCCUACUACCGCAAGCCAGGAUAAUAAAGAAAAGAAAAACGAAAAAGAAGAAAAAAUAGAAAAACAACGAUUUUAG